AUGGGGUGUCGUCAGGACUGCAAUGGUAACAAAAGUACUAGUAAGUAUCCACGACCAGUAUCAAAGUUCCAACAAGACGAUAUAUGCAGAGCGUACCCAAAUAUUACAGCAUUCCAAAGCAAGAUGUUAUUGUCCUGGGGAGCACCACUGAUACCCGCAGGAGGGUCCUGCUGCAACCGCUUGAAGUCCCUCAUCAGCCUCUUCUUAGCAGGGGUUGACAUCCUCACCCGCCUAAAGGAUAAAAGGAGAGAGAACGGAUUAUAA